GUGGGGGAAAAAAUUUGCGGUCCAGACUUUUUUGGUCAGGGCGUGGGCGCUAUGGGCCUGAGGCAGAGAGUGGGCCCAGCCGUCGAUGCCGUGGAUAGCAGAGAUGGCAGCAUGGAAAACUCCACCUCCAUCCUGCGCCGGAGCACCUCUUUCCCGUUUUGGUAAUUACAUGCACGCAGGAACGACGCCGGGCAUAUCCAACGAAGGAGCGAAGGGUCCAAGCUCGAGAUUUCCCUUCUACUUCUUCCAUACCCGCUCUGGUAAGUAAUUUCGUCUCUUUUUUUUCCUGAUAUCAUCAUCUGCACUGGCAAACUCUGGCUAUGGUAGGUUGCAGGAAAGCCUGGAGCAGCCUAGCAGCCUGCCAAGGCACCCUAUUGGCUCCAGCGCGAGGGAUCCUGAGCUGGAGCCAUUUGACAUGACAGACACUAGGGCUGAAAGCAAGGCUCUCUGCUCUGUCCUGGUGCCUGGACAUUGGUGUCGCGCAUGGCUCUCGUAACCCGCCUUAGCCAUGGCCGGGAUGAUAUUUCUUCGCUUUGCUCCCUCUCUUACCCGUUCCUGAUUUGAACAUAAAGAACCCAGCAACCCAUCGGAAUCUCAUACUUGCCUACCGUCCAUGAUUAGUCCUCGAGCUCAUUAGCAUACUUAUUUACCUAUCGCAUGCCCUUGCGCGAAUCAGCCACGCAACUCCCACCAUGAAGACGAGAAAGGCAGCUUCUGCCAUGAAGAAGGGAAAGACAGAUCCCGCCAUGAAGAAGAGGAGAACAGGUCCCGCCAGGAAGAAGAGAAAGGUCAUCACUCCGGCGGCCAGUGCCAACCCAAACUCGGAUCAAUGUUCCAGCGCAGACGAGGCACGCCAUUCCCGCAUCACUAUUACCGACCUCCCAUCUGAGGUGAUUGUCAUGAUCGCCCGCCAGGUCGAGGCGCCGCAUGAUCUAGUCCAGUUGGCCGUGGCGCUCGGGCCCGAGCUAGAACAGCUCGUCCAACCUGAGAUCUUCGCUGCGGAUGUCAUGAGGUAUCUCGCCCAUGCCCACGAAGGACCUGACGCCGGUAUCCCUGCGAUCUUGCCGGAAAAGGAUACGAACAAGCCAUCAGCGCUCAUGUAUGGAGCAAAGAGCAGGAAGCCCCACAUCUGCCAUCUGGCCCUCGACGCCUUCGAACGUGUCCAGAAGCGCCAUCCACAGUGGCGGCUCGUGAACUACCUCCACGAUCUCCCCAUCUCGGAUCUCCCCAUCUCGAAUGUCUUGGAAAAGGCAGAGACUCAGACAUCCAUCCGGACAUGUGUACGCCGUGGCUUUCUGGGCGUCGUCAAGCGACUCCUGGAGCUGGCCAGCGCCCAUGGGUUACCACUACACCACGAGGCCGUGUCGGCUCCACCACGGGCAAUGGACGUCAAAGCCAAUUACAUGGGCCUAGUCCAUCUUUGGAGGUCCAUGCUCCCUUCGAACAGUCCUCUCAGCAACGCCAUCCCCUAUAGCCGUCAAUUGGACGACGCGGCUGUUGAUGCCAUCCUCUGCGGCAGGCACCUGACCAGCCUGGUUGUCGACGCCAUCAUCUACUGCCAAGACGAGGUCUUGGAGUAUCUAGUCAUGCGGGGCGCCAGCGCUGUCGUGGGGAUACCUUCUCCGCUGAACGCGAUGCUCUGCACCGGCCGGAUCGAAGUAUUCCAGACUCUUUCGCUCGCCCGUGAUUUCCAGGUCGCGAUCAACACCUGGAAACCCGAGAGCCCCACGGAGCGCCAAGUGCAUGAUAUAGCCACCUACCAGCCCCACCUGCCAAAGGACGAACUGAAGCUCUGUGAUCAACAAGGGCAUCUUUUCAAACUGAUGAUGAUACACGGAUACCCUCUAUCGGCCACGAAGUUCGAGAAUAUCCUCACGAGCGACAAAGACCCUCUCCGCGCACGCGCCAUUGCUGCUGUCGAUGCUGAUUGCACGGAAUACUGGGGCUGCCGUGUGGUCGACGGGAAGCACCAGUUCUGGUCACAAAUGCUUCGAUUUCCCCUGGUGUUCUAUAGAAAUAACUAUGCACCAAGAAGGUUUCUUGUCCGCUGGAUCGAGGGCGCCUUGCCACAUUGGGACGGCACGAAGGCCUGCAAAUGUAACUUGCAACCCAAUGGCCAGGGCAACCGGAUCAUGCGGACCCGCGAAGGCUUCUGGGAGAUGAUCAAGGCCUGUCUCGCUUGGGGGCUCAUCUGUACGUUCUGGUUUUCGGGCGACCAGCCUUAUUCCUUGGACGGUACCGGUCACCGCCUCACGUACAGAAAUGACAUCUCCCCGAAUAUGGGAACCAGGCAGACCAUAGACGAAACCCGUGGCUGGAUCGAGCUGGUGUGGAACGGUAUGAAGAAGCUGGGGAUGACCUAUUCAGGAGAGGAGACGGCGGGACUCAAGAGCAGCUUCGCCUUCGAGCUCAUGGAGCAGAGGCGCAGACAAUUUACAUACGGGCUGAAGUGCCCACACGAACCGCAGAUGAUGACGACGGCGCAAUACGUCUGUGUCUUGCGCGCGGCGUUUGAAUAUAAACGUGGCAAGCUGGAUCUUUACAAGAGGCUCAACGUGGAGGAGGAGGUUGGUGCUGAGAAGUUUUAUGAUUGGUAGGAAAUGGCGAGACAUACGGAGGGACACGGUACACGGGUGCCGCCAUGGUAAAUAGCGGACACUGACAAGAUAGAUAUGUCUGUAACAAUAGAGGUACAAGUUGGCGUUGUCAGAACCGCAGACUUUUCUCUGGAUGGCAUUCCUAGUACCGUCACAGGCACCUUUCC